AUGGCUUCUCUAAGAGCUGCGGCGCAAUUGCCUCCAAUGGCUUCAAGAGUCGUUCCACGAACAUUACGAACAUAUGCCACUACAAGUGUCAAACCAUUCUUCACCGGUGAACCAGAGAAACCACAUAUUAAGACUGCUAUUCCAGGUCCCGAAUCUCAAAAGGCAAUCACGGAAUUGGAUGAAGUGUUUGAUACUAGAAGUUUGAAUAUGCUAGCCAAUUACCAAAAGAGUUCUGGCAACUACAUCGCGGAUCUAGAUGGAAAUGUAUUAUUGGAUGUUUACGCACAAAUUGCUUCGAUUCCAGUUGGAUACAAUAAUCCUCAUCUUCUCAAAGCUGCACAAUCCGAACAAAUGGCAUCUGCCAUCAUCAACCGUCCCGCCCUUGGAAACUUCCCCUCGCACGAUUGGGCCGAAAUUCUUAAGACUGGUAUUCUGAAGGUAGCACCAAAGGGUCUUGAUCAGGUGUUCACUGCUAUGGCAGGUUCAGAUGCCAAUGAGACUGCAUACAAGGCUGCAUUUAUGUAUCGUCGACAACAAGAGCGUGGUGGUGCCCAUGUGGAAUUCUCGCAGGAAGAUAUUACUUCAUCUAUGCUUAACCAAGCACCAGGUGCUCCUCAAUUAUCUAUCAUGUCUUUCAAGACUGGUUUCCACGGGCGUCUAUUCGGUUCCCUCUCCACCACUCGGAGCAAGCCAAUUCACAAACUCGAUAUUCCUGCUUUCGAUUGGCCACAAGCUACCUUCCCCCUUCUCAAAUACCCACUCGAAGACCACGUCGAGGAGAACAGAAAGGCAGAAGAAGAGGCUCUCGCCGAUGUUGAACGUAUCAUCACCACUCACCACCUCCCACCUUGUGCCGUCGUAGUCGAACCCAUCCAAUCUGAAGGAGGAGACAACCACGCAUCUCCCGCUUUCUUCCGUGGUCUUCGCGCCCUCACCAUCAAACAUAAUGUCCUCCUGAUCGUCGACGAAGUUCAAACUGGUGUAGGUGCCACCGGUAAAUUCUGGGCUCAUGAACAUUGGAACCUCGAAACCCCUCCCGACAUGGUUACCUUCUCCAAGAAAGCCCAAACUGCCGGUUACUACUUUGGAAACCCUGAACUCCGCCCCAACAAACCAUACCGUCAAUUUAACACCUGGAUGGGGGACCCAGCUCGUGCUAUCCUCUUCCGUGCCAUCAUCGAAGAAAUUGAACGUCUCGAUUUGGUUAACAAUACCGCCAAGGUUGGAAACUACCUUUAUGGAGAACUCGAACGCUUAGCCAAGCAAUAUCCAGGAGAAGUACAAAACUUGAGAGGUAAAGGACAAGGAACAUUCUUGGCCUUUGAUAGCCACCGCAGAGAUGAGGUCGUGAAGAAGGCUAAGGACGUUGGUAUUAACAUUGGUGGUUCUGGCGAGCGAGCCGUUCGUCUUAGACCUAUGUUGAUUUUCCAAGAACACCACGCCGACAUUUUGUUAGAAGGCCUUGAGAAGAUCUUCAAAUCCUAG